CCGUCUCUUUGCAGCUGCACAUCUUUCACUCUCCACCACCAACCCCACACGGCACGCGGAGGAGACUUGUCGCUUCCAUUUCCCACAAGUCAAUUCGCUUCUCGCCACUUUUUACGCGCUCCUCUUUUUACGCGCCAUCAUGAGCAUCCCUCGGCGGCACCGCUAGAGCCCCGGCACCCGAGACGACCACCACGGAGAGAGAGAAUAGGAGGAGGUAGCGGAGGAGGAGGCUGCGGGGACAGGGGGAAGAUGCCUCAUGGCUCGCCCCAUCCUCGGCAUCACCAGUCGCGGGCACUAACGCAGCCAGCAUGCCGCGGUUCGGAGCCACAUGGACGGUCGCCCUGCUGCUCGUAGUGGUACUUGGAGGAACCUUUCUUUUCUGCGAGUAUCUUAUUUACUUCCCCACCAUCUUCCAGUGCUCGUGGCCCGUCGUGAGCCAUGGCCGCGGGGGAAACGACGUGGACGGUCCCCGGGGAGGCGAUGCGUCCGAACCGGUGCGAGCCAUGGUGCUGUCCGAUACCCACCUCCUAGGGGCCGUAGGCGGGCACUGGUUUGACAAGCUCCGGAGAGAAUGGCAGAUGGAAAGAGCAUUUCAAACAGCUUUGUGGCUAUUAAAACCAGAAAUCGUGUUCAUUCUUGGUGACAUCUUCGACGAAGGCAAGUGGAGCUCGCAAAAGCACUGGGAGGACGAUGUGCGCCGUUUCCACAGGAUGUUCAGACACUCCCCGGACACUGAGCUUGUGGUGCUGGUCGGAAAUCACGAUAUCGGAUUUCACUACGAAAUGGACUGGUUCAAGCUGCAGAGGUUUGAGAAAGUCUUCAACGCCUCGUCCACAAGAAUCGUCACCAAAAAAGGAGUCAACUUCCUCCUGGUGAACAGCGUGGCUCUUCACGGUGACGGCUGCCCCAUCUGCCAGUCUGUGGAGAAGGAGCUGCUCCGACUGUCCAAGGACCUCAACUGUUCUCUGCAGAGUUCACAGACAGGGGGCAGUAGCGGCGGCAGUUUGACGGACGGCUGUGACGGGGCUCAGAUGUACCCGCCCACUCCUCCAAUCAUGUUACAGCACUACCCCCUGUACAGAGUGAGCGAUGCCAGCUGCACAGGUCAGGACGCUGCUCCGGCCGAAGAGCGCCACCUGCUGUUCAGAGAGAAGUACGACGUCCUGUCCAAGGAGGCGUCACAGAGGCUGCUGCAGUGGUUCCGGCCCCGCCUCAUUCUCAGUGGCCACACCCACAGCGGCUGCGAGGUGCUUCAUGAAAACAAAUACGUGGAGAUCAGCGUCCCGUCGUUCAGCUGGAGGAACAGGAACAACCCCAGCUUCAUCCUGGCCUCGGUGACGUCCCAGCACCACUCUCUGUCCAAGUGUUUUCUCCCGGAGGAAAGCACCGUGAUCGGGGUGUACUGCUCGGCCGGAGCCUGCCUGCUCCUCCUGCUCCUGCUGCACUGCCUCUGUCUGAAGGGCCUGCUCCAGUGUCUAAGUCUGUGUCUGCUGGGCAAACACAAGUCCCUCUGAACUACAACACCCACAAGCCACCUGGAGCCUGGACUACAAUACCCACAAGCCACCCGGACUACACUAUUUACAAUCUCUGAACCCGUACUGCGACUAGCCUGGCAAGUCAGAAUGCCUUUUACAUUGUAUUACCCACAGAGAAGUUCGGUCUUUUGAUUUGACGUGCCAUCAGUGAAUAGUUUGCGUUCACUAAUCUACAAAUGUUGCAGCUUAAAGGUCCAAUAUUACGCUAAAUUAAGCCAUGUUAUAACAUUAUUUCCUCAUCAAAAACAUACCCGAGUUGUUAUGUUUCAUUCACACAUUUGAGUAAUCCUUUUUUAUUCGUCAUUCUGCGUCAAAAUUCUCAAAAUUCGCUGUUCUACCUUGAGAUGUUAUCAAGUUAACAGCUCAAAUGAAACAGAAAACACAUGCUAAAGUUUUUAUAAAGGUGCAAAUUCAAGGAGCAGCAAUUUAAAAGUGAGAAAAAAAUGCAUAGCAAACUCAGAUGGACAAUUAUUUUCAAAUAACGUUUCGGCCAAAAGACUUCGUCAGAUCGUUUUUCUUGCUUUGGACCAGUAUACAAGUUAGCAGCUGCCUUUUAUCUUCAGGUAAUUUGGUAAUUCCAGAGCAGUGGAGCGCCUUCUGUUUGAGAGAAAAGCACAGCCUAAAUAUGCAGAGUUUGUGUGUUAAAUAUUCUAUGUGUGAAUGAAACAAAAACACUACUCCAGGUCUGUUUGCGAUGAGGAAACAACAUUAAAACACAGAUCCGAAAACAGCAUAAUAUGGGCUCUUUAACAUGAAAAGUCACAGGACGGACAAUUGAACUUUUAACAGAUUUUGCUGGACUAUUUGGAACACUUUUGACAGUGCAGUGACACUUGUGGCCUCUAGGGGCGCUACACCUAGAGACUUACGGAAGAAAACUUGCAGUCGACAGUUUGGAAGAACAUGGACUAGAGAUGUUUCUCAGUUUUAGGUGAUAUUAAAGGUGCACUAUGUAGCUUUUCUGGUUGGAGGUCCACUACAAGCUUCAAGUCCCUGUGGAAAUGACAUUGCUUUGCUUGGAAUGUUCCACAGUACGGCACUAUAGAGGUCGAUUUUGCAGUAUAUAUCUAUUCACAUACAGAUGCUUAUAUAGCAGGGGUGUAACGAUAUUCAAGUCUCACGUCACGGUAUGAAUCUCACGGAACGAUAUUUAUUGCAAUAUCGUGGAAAAGCUCACGAUAUGGUGUUAAGGCUCACGAUUAGGGAUGUAACAAUAUCCAAAUCUCUCUGUACGAUAUUUUCGUGAUAUACAUCUCACGGUAUGAUAUUUACUCCAAUAUUUUGUGGAGGCUUACAAACAAAACUGAAUAAAAUGCCUUGACAAGACUUAAUCCAAAGAACUAAGACUUAAAAGUGCUUAGAACUGUUAUUUCUUCAUGUAGUCUACACUGAAAUGGAGCAAAGGAUCAUGGUCUAUGUAGUUCCCGCUGUCUUUUUUUUAGCUAUUGCUGCACCGUAACUCUUAAUUUAAGCAAAGAGACUUGUAAUUCGAUAUAUUGUGAUGGUCCACGAUAUUAUUGAGAGAACUUUAACGAUACGAUAUCACGAUAUUUCGGUUAUUGUUACAUCCCUGUUAUAUAGCUCAAAAAUAUCUUCUGUACUGUCUUACUGUGAGUUGGCUCGCCUCCCGCAGAUUUGACCUGUAACUGCUUGUCUCCAUGGAGAUUAGAGUUGUCAUGGCACUAAAAUUGAGUAAUAUUCGUAUUGAAGUAAGAGUACUCUGACAAAAGUUUUAUGCUGACAAUAUGACAUUAUUUUUGAAUAUUUACGUUUCUUGCGCUGCUGAUUUUAGUCCUGACAGUUACUUACUUAAGUCGUACUUUUCUCAAAUUCUUUUUUACUAAUAUUUUUAAUUACUUGGCCACUACUUUGUACUUCGACUUGAGUAGUAUUAUUUUGAAGUAACGUUACUCUUACUUGAGGACAAUUUUUGCUACUCUACCCACCUCUUGUAUCUAGUUUCAAUUCAUUUUAGUAUCAAUCACUGUACAUUUUUUGAUACUUUUUGACAAUCUUAAUGGAGAGCGAAUUUAAUGCUAUACUGUGGAACAUUCCAGGCAAAGCAAUAACAUCGGUAAAGACACUAUAAAGUGACUGACCCUCGGCCGGAAAAAAUUACAGAGUGAGUCUUUAACGGGACUUUUCAAAGAGGCUUACAGACUUCACCGCAUCAAACCCACGCCACUGCUUUUAAACUGGAGGAAUUGCACCACUGUGAAGCCAAGCGGUUCUUCUGAGGAGCGCUGGAUAUCUUCACCGGGGAUGUUUCGGACGAGUGGAGCUUGUUCUGAGCGAAUUUAAAAGGGACGGUCGACGGCGAAAACAGUGGAGAGUUCAGAUCACUUUUACAAAUGCACACUUCAAAUCUGCAGGUACUGUACAUACACGAGGACUGCUCAGAGAAUGAAACUUUAUUGUAAAAAAAAUAGAGGAUGAAUUAGAGGAAUUAUAGCUGGGAAAAAAUAGCAUUUAAAUCACUUAAUGUUUUCUAGGUGUGACUUAGUUUGCACCAAAACCCUUUUCCAGCAAUGAAUGUAAUAUAAUAUGCAAUUUAAAUGUUAACAAACCCAAUUUAUUUAUUUAUUUAUUUAUUUUAUUUUACUUUAGUUAUUUAUUUAACGAGGGGGUAUCAUCUUUCAUGUUAUAAUGUUGUUCCCUCAUCAGAAACAUGCCUGAAGUAAUUUUCAAUGUCAUCUAUGCAUGUUUGAGUAAUAUAGUGAUCUCUGACUGGCCCUAUUUACUUUUAGCUGUAAGAUUCUAGGGGUGUAAUGAUAUCCAAGUCUCACGAUACAAUAUCGUUGCGGUAUGAACCUCACUGUACGAUAUUUAUUGCGAUAUCGUGGGAAAGCCCACGAUAUGGUGGGAAGGCUCAUGAUAAGGGACGUAACAAUAUCCAAAUCUCUCAGUACAAUAUUUUCACGAUAUACAUCUCACAGUACGAUAUUUAUUGCAAUAUUUUGUGGAGGCUAAAACUGUUAAUAUGCCACUUUUUCCUCUUAAAAUGCCUUGACAAGACUUAAUCCAAAGAACUAAGACUUAAAAGAGCUUAGAACUGUUAUUUCUUCUUGUAGUCUGCAUUGAAAUAGAGCAAAGGAUCAUGGUCUAUGUAGUUCCCUGUCUUUUUUUUUUUUUUUUUUUAGCUAUUGCUGCACCAUAACUCUUCAUUUAAGCAAAAAGACAUUUAAUUCGAUAUAUUGUGAUGGUCCACGAUAUUAUUGUGAGAACUCUAACAAUACAAUAUCACGAUAUUUCUGUUUAUUGUUACAUCCCUACUCGAUACAUAGACCACGAUACGAUAAAUAUCUCGAUACAGUGAGCUUCAGAUUCGACACGAUUCAAUACGGUAUAUUUCAGUUUGAUUUAAUACAGUUUAAUAAAAAUAAAGACUAAAUCGUCUUUGUUAAACCACUCUUUGGGCAAAAAUAAUAUGAAACACAAACAUUUUAAUCGUCAAUACAGUGAAUCAAUUCUGUAUCAUCACAUUAAACAAUACUAUAUAUCGAUAUUUCAAUGUUUUUGCACACCCCUAGUGAUCUAAAUAUGUUAUGUGUUUGCAGUUAAUACUUAAAAUACCCCCUCUUUAACCAUUAUCUCGUACUUUUACUUCAGUAAUAUUUAUUUAGGUACGCUAUGUUACUUUACUGGUGGAGUUUUUGCCACUUGUCGGUAUAAAUGUUAUCGCUUUUCUUUAUUUCUCAAAAAUAUCUUCAAAAACCUGCAUUCUUACUCCAGUUUCCAUGGCGACAGAUCAGUUUAAUGCCAUACCAGGUGGCGGAAAAGUCCCACGGUGCGUCUUUAACUCCAUUACAAUGGCCUUUCAUUCUCUGAGCAGUUGAUCUGGUGUUGAUGGGUCACGUCUCUUGUUUCUAAUGUUGUUCUUGUAAAAGCACUUCUUCUUUCUCGAAACCACAAUGUGAUUUUUGACAUUACUGUUUUUAAGAAGCAUCAAAAAUAUGUUUAUCACUGAAUUUCUGUGCCAAAGUAGCCUGGCCAGCCACUCCAAAUACUUGCUACAACACUACAAAUAAAGGUGUAUUGUGUAACUUUUCUGGUGGAGGGUCCGUCAAGCAGAGGUGGGACUUGCGAGACAACGACUUGGUCCCACCUCUACCGUCAAAUGCUUUUCUCCAUGGAAACCAAACCAGACCAAGUUAAGGGUCAGAUCUGUGGAGAGGCGAUCCCGCUCAUGAUCGGAAUACCUGUUUUUCUACGUAUUUUUGAGCUGUAACUCCAGCUGUAAGUGAAUGAAUGUAAGGUAAAUCUGUUUGAUGUCAUACUGCGGAACAUUCCAGGCAGAGCAAUGAUAUCUUCAUAGAAACAAGCAUCAGAAAAGUUACACAAUGCACCUUUAAGAAUGAGCACAGCGCUGCGAAAAGUGAUUGCGUACGCGAGUGAAAAGACUUUCGUUCACAAUUUUCAUCUCUUUACGAUGUCUUCUUCACCAGAGGAGCUGGAGGAAGCGUCUGGGGUGAGGGAAGUCUGUCUCAUUCCGCUUUCUGAUUGGACGAUUGGCCUCAGAACCAAAGCACAAAACGGAAACGCAAGCAGCUUUUAUCUUUUUUGCGAAUUGUAAUUUUUAUCCUUGAAAUCAGUAUUAAAACUUAUGGAAUGUUUACGAAAAUAAAUUGUACUUUAGCUCUGAAAUAAUCAAAAUAUUCUGAAUUCAAAUCUUCUUGUGAUUUUUACUGUCUUAAAAGUAUGAAAAACAGAUUCUCGCUUACUUUAUGUAUUCUGCGCAACUUAAUUACUGUUUACGAUGAGUUUAUAAGCACUUUUCACAACUUUCAGAGGCUAAAGAGCACAACAGCUAGCAUGCUAACAGCCCACUUAUUGAUUCUCUGACAGUAAAGCACUUUCUAAUUAGUAUGCCGCAGACUUCUUACCUGUAUUGUGCCGAUACAAUUUAAUAAAAUAUAGAAUUAUCAUAAUUUAUUCACAAUUUAGCCGAAAAUUAGCCAUUAGCAGCAGUUUAGCAUUUAGCGAAAAAGGCUAACUGCUAUGAAGCUAACCGUUCUUUUUAAAGCUGUGAAUUGGGAGGGUCUGGCUGGUCAGGCUAGUGCCAGCUGUUUUUAUGUGAAUGUUUUUAUUUUGAGAAUUGUUCAGGUGUUUCAGAUCAAAUGUACAUAAUGAA